AGGUCUAGCUGAAGUUCAACGAUGCUGUUUUCUGUUGCGAGUCUUUGCUUCGUGCUGAGCGUUCUUGUCCGUGUGUGUUCUGGGGACGAGGAGCCUCAGGAGGGCAUGACGGACCUGGGCCAGUUCAUCUCGUUCCCUGACCUGAGCGCGUGCUCGAGCGGGGCCCUGCUGCAGGCCGUCAUGGCGGACCUCAUGAGGAGGAUGUCGAAGAUGGAGGACACCGUGAAGCCAUAUGAAGCUCUGAUGACAACUCUAGAGGACCGAGUAGGGAGCCUUGAGGAACAGCUGGCCGAGGAGCGAACCAUUCGGGCGCGGCUGGAGGGGAGGGUCAACGUUACCCAGGCUGACCUGAAGCAUGUGCAGAAUACUACUGCUCAGCAGGUUAACUUGGCAGGAAAACUGAAAUCUGACUUGUGCCGAGCAACACCGAAACUGGGGAGACUCUUCCACCAGAGGCACCCGACGGGUCACUACAAAUACGACCUGGAAGAGGCAAAGCUCGCAUGCGCAGAGAAGAAUGCGACCCUCGCCUCGUAUCACCAACUGUACGAGGCUUGGCAGGACGGGCUAGAUGUCUGCGCAUGCGCAUGGCUGUUGGACGGGACUGCCCGUUAUCCAACGCAAACGGCAAGGUCCGGUUGUGGGAACAAGAUAGAUAUCGUCGACUGCGGGAGCCACACCCCUAACGACGCCUGGUGCUUCCGGAAGAUGCCCAGCUGCGACUGA